AUGAAACUACAAAUAAUACCAAUUUUCUCAAGUAUAAUUUUAUUUUGCGUGCACGUUGAAGUUGACAGCUGGGGUGAUCGAGUUCUUCUAGAAAAUGUUCGUGCUUUAACUCUGCAUAAAGGAAAAUACACAACUGGAAGAAGAACAAAGCCUAUAAAGCAGAUAACAUGCGUUGGUGGAGACGCAGGCUGUAGUUAUGAACCUGACGUUAUUCAAUGUCGAAACGUGGGAUCAGAUGGAUCAAAUCCAAAUUGGAAAUGUGAAGCAACUUUACCUAAAUCAUUAAAAUUCGGACGUUUAAAGGUUACAUGCGAAGGAUAUGAUUAUCCAGGAGAUCUCUACGUUCUGAAAGGAUCUUGUGGUCUCGAAUAUACUUUAUAUUUCACCAAUAUUCGAAACGAAAAACAUUGGUUUAAUGAAUAUUUUGAUUCAAAUUAUAAUAUAACCGAUCUAAACAAUUCGUCGACGUCAUUUAGCGCAUUUUUUGGAAUCAUUUGGCUUGGCAUGCUUGGAUACAUUUUAUACAACAUGUAUUUAACAUGUAUGAGGACACGAAGGGCGGAUAAUAGGCCCAUCAACAUACCGAACCCCCCAGAAAAUAGAGCUGAUAACGAAAGAAUAAAUCUUCCUAAUCCUAGAUUUUGGUCAGGGAUUAUAGGCGGUGGUUUAUUAGGUUACUUAUUUGAACCUCCAAGUUAUGGUGCAAGUUCUUCAUAUUUCACUCAUGAUAAUGAUAAUAAUUGUCAUCGUUAUAGAGAUUAUUCCUCACAUACUACUUCAAAUUAUAAUGAUGAUGAUAAGCACACCACCUAUGGCUUUGCUGACACUGAUGUAAGAUAA